UGUCUGAGCAACACACCUCCUCUUACAGAAUACUUCCUCAAUGAUAAAUACCAAGAAGAGCUGAAUUUUGACAAUCCUUUAGGAAUGCGAGGUGAAAUAGCAAAAUCUUACGCAGAGCUUAUCAAGCAAAUGUGGUCAGGAAAAUACAGCUAUGUUACCCCAAGAGCAUUUAAGACACAAGUGGGACGAUUUGCACCACAGUUUUCUGGUUAUCAGCAACAAGAUUGCCAAGAGCUACUGGCUUUUCUCUUGGAUGGAUUACAUGAGGAUUUGAAUCGAAUUAGGAAAAAGCCUUACAUUCAGUUAAAGGAUGCAGAUGGGAGACCAGACAAGGUGGUUGCUGAAGAAGCUUGGGAAAACCAUUUAAAAAGAAAUGAUUCCAUCAUUGUAGAUAUAUUUCAUGGCCUUUUUAAAUCCACCCUAGUUUGUCCUGAAUGUGCUAAGAUAUCUGUAACCUUUGAUCCCUUUUGUUACUUGACACUUCCAUUACCCAUGAAAAAAGAACGCACUUUGGAAGUUUAUUUAGUUAGAACGGAUCCACUUGCAAAGCCUAUGCAGUAUAAAGUAGUUGUUCCCAAAAUUGGAAAUAUACUGGAUCUUUGCACAGCAUUGUCAGCUUUGUCUGGUGUUGCUGCAGAUAAGAUGAUUGUCACUGAUAUAUACAAUCACAGAUUCCACAGGAUAUUUGGCAUGGAUGAAAAUCUAAGUAGUAUUAUGGAACGUGAUGACAUCUAUGUAUUUGAAAUUGCAAUCAAUAGAACAGAAGAUACAGAACAAGUUAUAAUUCCUGUUUGUUUAAGGGAAAAGUGCAGGCACACUAGCUACAGCCAUAGUGGUUCUUCACUGUUUGGUCAACCUUUUCUCAUAGCAGUGCCUAGAAACAAUACUGAAGAUAAACUGUAUAACCUGCUGCUGCUAAGAAUGUGCCGAUACGUGAAAACAUGCACUGAAAGUGAAGACACUGAAGGAUCCCUACACUGCUGUAAGGACCAUGGCAUCAAUGGUAAUGGCCCAAAUGGAAUACAUGAAGAAGGAUCUCCAAGUGAAAUGGAAACAGAUGAACAAGAUGACGAAUCCAGCCAGGAUCAGGAACUUCCUUCAGAGAAUGAAAACAGCCAGUCAGAAGACUCAGUUGGAGGUGACAAUGACUCCGAAAAUGGAUUAUGUACUGAGGAUACUUGCAAAGGUCAACCACUGAUGGGACACAAAAAGCGACUGUUUACAUUCCAGUUCAAUAAUUUAGGCAAUACUGACAUAAACUACAUCAAAGAUGAUACCAGGCAUAUUAGAUUUGAAGAUAGGCAACCUAGGCUUGACGAAAGAUCUUUCCUUGCUUUGGAUUGGGAUCCUGAAUUGAAGAAAAGAUAUUUUGAUGAUAGUGCAGCAGAGGAUUUUGAAAAACAUGAAAGUGUGGAAUAUAAGCCUCCCAAAAAGCCUUUUGUGAAAUUAAAAGAUUGCAUUGAGCUGUUCACAACAAAGGAAAAACUAGGUGCUGAAGACCCAUGGUAUUGUCCAAACUGUAAAGAACAUCAGCAAGCUACCAAGAAGUUAGAUUUGUGGUCGCUGCCCCCUGUACUGGUAGUUCAUCUAAAGCGCUUUUCCUACAGCAGAUACAUGAGGGACAAGUUGGAUACGUUGGUAGACUUUCCAAUAAAUGACUUGGACAUGUCAGAGUUCCUUAUUAAUCCCAAUGCAGGGCCUUGCCGCUACAACUUGAUUGCGGUCUCCAACCAUUACGGAGGAAUGGGAGGAGGGCAUUAUACUGCUUUCGCAAAAAACAAGGAUGAUGGGAAAUGGUACUACUUUGAUGACAGUAGUGUGUCCACUGCAUGUGAGGACCAAAUAGUGUCCAAAGCAGCAUAUGUGCUCUUCUACCAGAGACAGGACACGAUCAGUGGAACUGGCUUUUUCCCUCUUGACCGGGAAACUAAACAAGGUGCUUCAGCUGCCACAGGCAUCCCACUGGAAAGUGAUGAAGACAGCAAUGAAAAUGAUAAUGAUAUAGAAAAUGAAAAUUGUAUGCACACUAACUAAUGGAAGAACUAGAAGCCAUAAAAGAGACUUCCUUAGUGGGUAUACCUAUUGAAAGAGUGAAAUUGCCCACCAAAUUAAGAAUAAAAAUCUGAGAUGGGGAAUUUCAGAUAACAGAAUGUAAAUCUUUAUUACAUUUUAACAUGUGCAGUACUUGAAGUGAAACAAUAAAAACUUUAACAGAAA